AAGUGCUUCUUCGUCGUCGUCCCGGUCGUCGUCGUAGCGGCGGCGGACAACCGAGUGUGGAAGAACAAAAAAAAAAAAAAAAAAUGUACGAGAAAUAAACAUGGCGAGUCUUCGCUGAGCAGACGAGUGUCGCAUCCGCACGCCGACCGAGCUCACCUCGCAUAGCGGGACGCGGAAGCCGGCGGACGGUAACACCUCACCGGCCGCCUGCGAGGAGUGCGGCCCGAUUGGCCGUCGGGCACAAGAUGUCCGCCGGCAGCGCUCUGGACUUAUGAAGAGAGCCCCUCCCGCGAGUCCCGAUGGUUACCGGCGGUCACACCGUGGGGACUCCCACCUGAAAACUGGCGCCAAAGUACUAUGGCAAUGCAUGAUAUGAGUCGCGCCAAGGGUUUCCCCUGUAAAGAAUGUGAUAUGGUCUGCCCCAGUACUCCAAGUCUUCUCGAACAUAUGAAAGCACAUUACCAGCAAGGAGAGAGCGCCCGUUUUGAGUGUGAACAGUGUGGACGAAUUUACAAGCACGCAGCUAGCUUGGCCAACCAUAAAAAGUCUCACGAAGUGGGCUCCUUCCAGUGUCCCGUCUGCACCCGCACCCUGCCCAACGCGGUGGCCCUCAAGAAUCACCUUCGCAUUCACACCUUGUCCCCAAGUAGCGCUCAAGCCGAAGAAGAGAGCGAGGAGACGCCCGAGGAAGGAGGCCCUCACGAAAGGGACUACGCCCUCAGCCAGGACCUCUCGGACGGCUUCGGCCGCUCCCACUUGAGCGGCGGCCACCUGCAGAGCCACGAAGGUUCCAAAAGUUCCCCCGAGUCGGACGACGCCUGGGACCGACCGUUCAAGUGCGACCAGUGCGACAGAACCUACCGGCACCACGGUAGCUUAGUCAAUCACAAGAAGUGUCACCAGCAAGGAAGCUUCAAGUGCCCCGUGUGCUUUAAACAGUUUAGCAACCUGGCUGCCCUCAACACCCACGACAGAACUCACUCCAAGUUUAAGAACCCCGCAGGGUCCAUGGUGAGCAGUAGCGGCGGCGGCGCCGGCGCCGGCCUCCACCAGUCCGAGCGCGGUGGCGGUGGCGGCGGCGGUUCUCAGGCCACCCAGAGCGACAACGCCAACUCCUGGUUCUGCCACCUGUGCCAGAUCGCGCUUCCCACCAAGGCCGACUUCCAGGAGCACAUUCUCUUACACAACACAACCUCGCCGCCUUCCCUCGGACUGUCCCGGAGCUUUCCCGGCAUAAUGCCUCACAAUCUGAGCGCGGUUCGAUCGCCGGCGUACACCCCGGCUCUCGGGGAUCCUCUUCCCUUGCCCCCUUUGCCCGGUGACAAAAGAGGUCCCUACGACCCCAUCAUGGGCCCUCCCAUCAACAAUCCCAUAUACACGUGCGCGUACUGCGGUGCGGGACAUCCUGACCUGGAGACCCUGAAAGUCCACUACCUGACCCACGACCCCAACCCUGCCCCGCACGGCCCGGAGAGCGCCAUACUCGGCUCAGAGACGCUAAGCACCGCUUCCCAGGGCUCGGUAUCCUCUUCUUCCGGAGGCCGGGCGGAGCCGUCGGGCUCUCCCGAAGACAGCGAGCGCCGCUUUAAGUGCGGCGAGUGCGGCAAGAGCUACCGGCACGCCGGCAGCCUGGUCAACCACAAGCGCUGCCACCAGACGGGCCACUAUCAAUGCACGGUCUGCUGUAAGCAGUACCCCCACCUGGCGGCGCUGCACAGCCACCUGCGGAGCCACAAGGGGCGCUCCGCCAGCCAGCCUUUGGGCGACGCCAAUGACUGGUUGUCUUCCGAGCCGCUGACGCUGGACUCUCAGCAGAGCUACGUGCAGGAGAGCAGCGGCGCCACGACGCCCAUCUCGCUGCCGGGAACCCUCGCGGACCCCGGCCACUUCGGAGCGGACGGGGGUCACGGCAGCGCUUUGGACUCGCUCGAGUUCCACGACCGCUUCGACGGCGGUUCCUCCGCGCACCGCCAGGCCGACCGCCACGUGUGCGCCGACUGCGGCGAGGUGUAUGCCGACGUGUCCGGCAUCAAGUCGCACAUGUGCCCCCGCCGCGGUCAACCGCCGCCGCCGCCGCCACAGCAGCAGAGUAACAUGUCUAACGGUUUCAUAGGCAACUUGAACUACCACAACUCCGGCAGCGGCUCACUGGCCUCCGGCGGUCUGAAGGAGGCGGGUGGCGGUCAGCGACCGUACUCGCAGGCCGCCGGCAAGAGGCCGGGCAACGCCGACAAGGAUGACGACGACGGGGAAGUCUACCAGUGCUCCGUGUGCGGGAACCAUUACGCCAGCCUUCGAGCCCUGCGCAGCCAUCUGCGGAGUCACGCCAAUAAUCCGUCCGGCCUGGAUCAAGAUUGGAGAAUGAUCUGCUCCACUUGUGGCCAAAGCUUCUCCAGGAAGCAAGACCUUCUAAAUCACCAACUCGUCCACGGUCCUCAGAGGCCCGACGGUCAACAACAGGCCAUGGGAGGCGACAAGAUGGACGGGCGCAGCCACAUUUGCGUGGACUGCGGCGUGUUCUUCGCUGACCGCCACCACCUUAUCACCCACCUGUGUCCCGGUAAGAAUCGGGCCGGCUCGCUGAGUAAGCAGGGCCUCAACGGAGCCAAAGGGAUGUCCGGGGGCGAGGUCGCGGGCGGGAGUCGCGACGUCGCGGGGAACGGCCGGCGGGCGGUGGUGGACCAAAGCGACAAACCGCACAAGUGUGACCAGUGUGGGCGGGGCUACAGGCACCCGUGCUCCCUCCUCAACCACAAAAAGUCCCACAAGACCGGCGUGUUCCGCUGCUUGGUGUGUCAGAAGCGUUACUACAACCUGCUGGCCCUCAAGAACCACCAGAGGACCCACUUUGACCUCAAGCGGCACAAGUGUGAAGAAUGCGGAAAGGCGUUCAAGAUCCAAAAGCAGCUGAUCAAUCACCUGCGUCUCCACGAGGAACACCGGGCGAAAGGUCUGGUGCGGACCGGCCCCAACGCCUCGCGAUACCAGCAACCCGGCCCCUCUCAGAUGCAGGGCGUGCGAGGGGAGUCGCCCAAGGGCCCCGCGGCGGGCGUCAAGUACGCCCACCAGGCCUUCAAGAAGCCCUACUCGUCGGCGGGAACGUCCAGGCCGCAGAAGUUCGACCCGGCCGAGAGCGGGCGGCGGCCUUUCUCCUGCGAGGAAUGCGGCAAGACGUACCGGCACGCGGGCAGCUUGGCCAAUCACAAGAACCUCCACAAAAUCGGCGAGUACCACUGCAACGUGUGCAACUCGACGUACCCCAACAGGCUGGCCAUGAAGAACCACCUGCGGCUCCACUUCGCCCAGAAGAAGCACAACUGCCAGGAGUGCGGCAAGGGUUUCCGCACUCAGCGGCAGCUGGCCACGCACACCACGGCGGGCCUGUGCAAGGGUCCGCAAGGUCCGGGCGCCCAGAUGGACUUCGAGUGCGACGGCUGCUGCGAGGGCUUUCCGUCGGCCCAGCAGCUGGCGGCGCACGACUGCCCCGCCCGCCACCUGCCGUCCUCGUCCUCGGCCUCGGCCGACGUCGGCGCGGAGCGGAGCUCGGCGGACCCGGACUCGGACGAGAGGCCGUACGCCUGCGACCUGUGCAGCUGCGCCUACAAGCACGCCAGCUCUUUGCUCAACCACAAGCACACGCACAAGACGGGCGACUUCCGCUGCAACUUCUGCGAUAAGCCCUACACCAACUACAUGGCCCUGCGCAACCACAUGCGCAUCCACACGCAGCGGAAGAAGCACAUCUGCCACACGUGCGGGAAAGCCUUCCGCCUGGCCCGCUUUCUGCGGAACCACCAGAAGGUCCACGAGGAAGGCGCCACCCCCUUCGGCUGCCCCGCCUGCGGCAAGAGUUUCCAGGGCAGGUCCGGCCUGGCCCGCCACCGCUGCGGGGACAACCAGGCGGGCCCGGAGGUCAGAAGGAAGGCGGGCGAGGGCCAGGGCCAGGGCCAGGGCGACCAGUGUCGGUACACGUGUGACCAAUGCGGACGCUCUUACCGCCACGCCAGCUCCCUCCUCAACCACAAGAACACGCACACGCUCGGCAUCUACCACUGCGCCGUGUGCCUCAAGACCUACUCCAACCUCCUGGCCCUCAAGAACCACCGUCGCAUCCACUCGGAGCUGCGGCGCCACCGCUGCCACGACUGCGGGAAGAGCUUCCGGGUGGCCUCGCAGCUCCGCAACCACCGGCGGGUCCACCAGAAGCAGCAGGAGCUGACCUGCGCCUCGUGCCGCCGCGCCUUCCCCACGCGGGCCAGCUUCCGGCUGCACAUGGAAAUCAGCCACGGCCAGGCGCCCCCGCGGGGCCCGGACCCGACCUUGGCGCGAGAGCGAGGCGGGCGGGAGGCGGGGCCCAGAGCCCACGUGUGCGAGCAGUGCGGCCGCUCCUACCGCCACGCCAGCUCCCUGGUCAACCACAAGAACAGCCACAAAACCGGAAGCUUCUUCUGCAACUCGUGCCACAAGCACUUCCCCAACCUGAUGUCCCUGAAGAACCACCGGCGCAUCCACACCGAGCCCAAACGCUACCAGUGCCCCGAGUGCGGGAAAUCCUUCCGGGUGUCCACGCAGCUCAUCUGCCACCGCCGCAUGCACACCAAGGAAAAACCCUUCACGUGCUCGCAGUGCGACAAGCGUUUCUCCUCCAAGUCCAACCUCAGGCACCACGUGAAGGUCCACUGGGCGGGCGGCGCCUUCAUUUGAACUUGCCGCGCCCACUCGGCCAGACCCGGGCGGCGGACGGGGUUUGGACUGACUUUGCGUACGUACGCCCUGCCCUGCCCUGCCCUGCCCUGCCCUGCCCGGUCCGGCGUGUCCUCGGGGAAGCUCCGAAGCUCCUGAUCGUGUAGACUAGUUUGUGUUCAUGGUGACACGUGUACGUGUGUAGACGUCUUGAGCUGUGAUGAACGGUAAUCCUCGUGGCCCUGCGCAAAAGGGACCUUUGUCAUUUCUAGCGUAGAUUUUUGCAGUAUUUAUUGACUGGACGCCGCAGCUCUAGUCCGCGUCGUGAUGGUAGCGUGCGCGCGCGCGCCGUUUGUCCGCUGAGUUUGAGGUCUCGACUUUUCUAACGUCUUUUUGAUAAUUUGUUCUUGUUAAACUGCCGACGACUGAAGCGAAAGGGAUGACGGACGCCGUCGUAGAGCGGGAAAUGGAAUUUGGAGGUAGAGGACGUCGGCUCCCCGCGUUCUCGGUUGAAUGUUGACUGUGCUUCUUCUUACACUUGUAUGAUCGUCGUACGCAUGUCACUUUGUAUUUUGUAUUUCGUGUUUUGACAUCAAACUCGACUGUCAACUUCAUUUACACGCAUUAAAAGACUUGCACAAACGCGCCAGAGGCCAAAAACGCCACGUCUGUCCUUUCACGCGUCUCGGUGGGGUCGCCCCGAAGUGGUCGCCGGGCCUCUACGCUCACACGGUCACCAAGUUGGAUCGGAAGGCGGAUUAGAACCGAAGCGGCGCUUCCGCGGAUGUCUCGGUGAAGGCGGCCUGUCGAUCUUUCCCAAACCAAGCGAGUUUCUGGAGAAAAUGCGGGUAAUUGCUUGAGUUUUACACUUCAGCACGCUUGGCGUGCGGGAACCUCCUUUGGCGUUUUGCCUGCAUUUGAAAGAUUUUGUCAUCCAAAAAAAAAUCAAUUGGUCGGUUUUUGUCUCGGGCUGUCCCUCGUCAACAGACGUCGUUCUCCAUAACGCAGCCCUUUUCGGUCCCCUCCUGUCGACCGACCGUUGGGACGCGUCAAUUGCCGCCGACGACAAAAAAAAAAAAUCAUGGACGAGCGUCUCAUUGGUCACAAAUCCUUCUCGUCCUCACCUCAAGACUUCUCACCUUCUCCGUUGACGCUAACCCUUACUCAUCCUCCGCCCCCCCAAAAAGUGGCCGCCCUCCCUCUCAAAAUCUGCUGUUGCAAACCUGUUUCAUGACCCCCCCGGACUAUUAAAUCUCCAGAAACUCUCCCUUCUAAUCGGGAUUCUUGUUUGUCACGUGGCGGUUCCAUUCGCACACAUUUGGGCACGCGUUUGUCCAUUCACACGCGCGCCUGACAACA